UUGUUUACAGGUGGCACCUCCGACAGUUUGCGAGGUUAGCACAUUCUGACAGCACACAGCUGGCAUAUCACCUAAGGAAUCGUCAACAAUAAAUGGCAGAUUCCGAAAAAAUGUCUUGAAACUGGGCUUCUCGUUUCUUCCUCUUGCUGCAUAGAUUCUCUUGCUGAAAGGACAUUAAGGUGACCCAAGACUCAUACGCUGUGUUUUCGGAGAUGUCGUCCCAACUUCGCGACGCCCCCAUCGGCCUCAGAUGUGUUAUAUCUGCUGGUAACAAGUGUUUUCCUCGGUUGAGAUUGAAUAGAAAUGUGUGGUUUAAAGGAGCAACUUUGUUGCUAACUUUUAUGGCAUACACUUGUUACCACAUGAACCGCAAGCCCAUCAGUGUGUUCAAAAAUGUCAUUAAUCGCAACUGUUCCAACCUUGUGCCGCCCCCUGGACAGGAUAUUGAUCCAACUGAUGAAACUUGGUGCGACUGGGCUCCAUUUGAUCAUACUGGUUCGGAUGCCCUUCUGGGUGGACUUGAUUCAUCAUUUCUGUUUGCAUAUGCUAUAGCUAUGUUCAUGAGUGGCUUUGUGGCUGAACGAGUAAAUUUAAGAUAUUUCUUAUCAUUUGGCAUGAUUUUCUCUGGAAUUGCAUCAUAUUUUUUUGGUCUUGCUCGUGUUCUAAACAUCCAUGACUAUUCUUAUUUUGUGGUUGUUCAAGUAUUUGGUGGCAUAGUACAAACUACUGGUUGGCCAGGAGUAGUAACAGUGGUUGGUAACUGGUUUGGAAAAAGUAAACGAGGAUUUAUAUUUGGAGUUUGGAACUCUCACACUUCUCUUGGCAAUAUUCUUGGGACCCGUUUGGCAAGCCAAUAUGUGGAGCACGACUGGGGCUUAUCCUUCAUUGUACCGGGCCUUGUCAUGGCCAUCUGUGGCCUCAUCAUCUUCCUCUUUCUUGCUCCCCAUCCCAGUAAUGUGGGAUGUGGGAGACCAACUCAUGUUAGAGAUGCAAAUGAAUCAGGAAGUGUGAAUGCACCUCGUCGUAUUCGUUCAGAAGUGUCCCCCCCAUCUGAGGCUGACACUAUUGAUACGAACAGUUCCAGCAUUGAUGAUCCAGAUCUGAAUGAAGAUGAUUCUCCGGAGUCAUCACGCCUACUCCAGCCAGAUGGAUCAAGCCUCUCGGGUGAUCAACCUCAUCAGGCCAUCGGCUUUAUGGAAGCACUCCAAAUUCCUGGUGUUAUUGAAUUUUCCAUGAGCUUGUUUUUCUCUAAGCUUGUAAGCUACACAUUCCUCUACUGGCUCCCCAAGUACAUUCAAAAUUCAACUGGGUUAUCACCAAAAAAUAGUGCUGACUUCUCAAUCCUUUUUGAUCUUGGUGGAAUUAUUGGAGGAAUAUUAGCUGGUGUUUUGAGUGACUACAGUGGAAUGAGUGCAACAACUUGUUCUGGCAUGUUUGUGUUGACUGUGCCAAUGCUUUUUGUCUAUCAGGCUUAUGGGACUGAAAACACGGGCACUAACGUUCUAUUGUUAAUGCUAGUUGGUCUUCUUGUAAAUGGGCCCUAUGCUCUUAUUACAACAGCUAUUUCUGCUGAACUAGGUACACACCAUUCUCUUGAAGGAAAUUCCCGUGCAUUGGCAACAGUUACUGCCAUCAUUGAUGGCACUGGUUCCAUAGGUGCUGCAGUUGGGCCGUUUAUUGCUGGCUUUGUAGCACCAUACGGCUGGAAUAAUGUCUUUUACAUUUUAAUGGCUGCCAAUAUUAUGGCACUUUUGUUCUUAUGUCGCAUAGUGGUUGCUGAAUGCCGAAGAUUUUUACGGACAAGACGUGGGACAUGGACUGCAUAGAAUGAACCCUCAUCUCAAUGGUUGGGUGACCUUUUUACCAUCUAUCAGGUUUCAUAGAAUAUUUUAUUGUUGUUCUUAUCAAACAGUACAAUUUAUUUAUGAUUCCUUGGCUACUAAAUUGUAUUAUUUUUCAAAAUAUAGGUAUAUAAUUAAUUAGCAGAUGUUUUGCCAAAUGUUUUAGCUCAUUAAAUAAUUUAAUUUUGUUGUAUAUAUUUAGCAAAGGUUAAAAGCACAUAGAUGUUUACCAAUCGAAGUGCCAUUUUAUUUUAGGUAGAGAAAAAGUUUCAGGAUCAAACUCAGGACUUUUUCCUGGAACAAAUGAAGUCCUAUGUUCAUGAACUAGGUAGGAAACAAUCAAAUGUUUUUAUUUGUUUGAUAUCUACUAUAUUUAUUUAAUAAUUAGCCGCACUCUGUUCUGUUGUAAGUCACACCUCAACUUUCUGGCUUUAGAAUCAGAAAAAAAGGGUGCAGCUUAGAGAUUUAGAACUUUUGAAGAAAAUUAGUAAUUGGUGAAAAUUCAAAUUUUAAAGGGCUGGAUUGGAUCUGGUGGGCAGGAGCCUAUGGAAGGAUUUGUUCAGAAAGACAAGUUUUGCAACAAAGUCCUUAUACUAUCAAUGCUUUAAGAUAAUCUAAUCUAAUUUGUGAUAAGUUCUUUGCUCUUUAAUGUUUUCUAAAAUUUAUGUUCCUAUCAAAACUUUUAUCUGUGAUGGAACUUCUCAUAAAUGUGAUAGUUUUUUUAAGCAUAUACAGGUGCAGAAAGAUGUAAAGAACUUGAGUUUUACAGUUUACCUACCUGUUUGUAUAAAUCAGUUAUUUCUUUUUUUUUUAAAUAAUGGAAGUAGAUGCAAAUUUUUGUUACUUUGAGUAAAGAUCUCAAAUCUGAAGCUUUUUGUAAGUAUCAAACAUUGCAUUGAAAUGUGCAUUUAUCACAAGGUUGCUAUGGCCCAACUUCGCUAGCUUUCCCCACUUCGAAUCCUGUCACUGGGCCAUGAAGUACCUACAGUUGUUAUUAACAUUGAGUUGUAUGUAUGUCAUUGUGCUGUGCUUUCUUGUGAGUAUACUCAUGGAGAUUGACAAUGGAGUGCUCCAUGGUGUUUUACUUUUGUUCUUCCAGCUUAAUAAUUAUGUUAAUGUAUAUUGGAGUAUUGUACCAAAGCUUUGAAUGUGGAGAUUUAUUUCCUAAUGUUCCUCUUGUUAAGAGUGUCUAUCAUAUCUUGUUUCAGUCUUUGUUACAGUGAUCUUUAGUUUACGAUCAAUUGCAAAAUGUUAUAGUCCCUUGAUUGUGGGUAGUGGAUACUAAUGCAUCAAAAUUUAGCACUCUUCCUCACUUUAUUUUAUUGACAUGGGGUGACACUUUCCUCUUUAUUCCAAGUAUUUCAUUGAGAUGAAAUAUUUGAUUGGACUUUAUUAAAAUGAGCAGGAUAUAUUUUCUUAUAAAUUGAUAUUAACCAAACCAAGCAAGGCUCUGUGAAAAUAACUUUUAUCUCAUGAAUAAAAUAUAUUUUUUGUGAAAA